AUGCUCUGCGGUGUGAAUUAUGGGCAAAGUAUUGCUUUCCAUACAAAGCCUGGUCUUCACCAAAAUUCCAGGAUGAACUCCAUGCAAAACAUAAGAUGCUUUGCAGCAAACAUUUUGAAAGCACAUGCUUUAUUGAGAAGAAGUUGUUCAGAACAGCUGUACCUGGUGUUCAAUGCCAUAAGGAGCUUCUGUAGAGAAUCCCUAUAUAGAAGUGAGAACAUCAGACAACAAACAAGGAAUUGGAAUCGCUAA